AUGUCUCGACAACUCAGCGCAGGUAAAUACCGUUCCGCUAGAAGAGCAGACUCCGUUCACCCUUUGAACCAUCGCAAAAGCCUUCAGGCCAAGUUACAAACAAGCCCAGCCCGCUCCAGCCCUUAUCAUCGGGCCGGCUCAUUCAAAUCCGGCCCUCCUUCUUCGCGCUCCGCCUCGAGCGUCGGAGGAUCGCCCCGUCCCUUGUUCCAAUCCGACGACGAUCUCUCCAGCUCGGGAGACGACAACAACGACCUUGGUUCUAAGCACAUACCAGGCAUCAAACUGCCCAUACCAACUCUCGCAAUGUCAUCCAGAAAGAUGGCAAGAUCACUCAACGGCAAGAAGCCCACCAAGGUUUACUCUAGCAAGAAGGAUCGACCUCGUGCCGAGCGCAAGGCAAGCGUCCGCAAGGAGCGCUUCGAAGAGCUCGACACCGACUCCGAUCUCACCGAUCCCCCCUCCGACAACUAUGCCGAAGGCGCUGCUUCCACCGCCGGCCGAUCCUACUCGGCUCGUGAAAAGGGCAAAGCUAGGAGCUUAGACAGCGAUGACCUCGAAUCAGACUCGGACACCGAGAUGGAACGCAAGCUUGCUGAGGCUGGCGAUGGCGAAUCUCUUCUCGGCAGCGGUGCCUCCGGCGAUGACACAGAAGAGGAGGAAGAACGUUUCAUCAUUCAGGACGCUCUGCACAGGCAGUCCAAAGCUAAAGCCCGUCUUCAACACCGCGAUCCAUCAGUUCGUAGAUGCACAGGUGGCGAUCGCGACUCGGCUAGCAGAAGUGAUCUACAACACCGCGCUCGUUCUAUCACAAUAGGAGACGGCGCUGCUGCCGAAGAAGCAGAAGCCGACGCAGAGGACGACGAUGAAGACGAUGAAGACGAUGAUGAAGAUGAUGACGCAGAUGCCGACCUUCUCUCCAUGUCACCUGACACCCUCCGCAUGUAUGGUCUUCCGGUCAUCGAGGACGAGCUCUUCGAAGAACAAGAGGCUUUCAACUCUUCUUCCGAGCCAUCCUUCACCGACUUCUUCGAGACGUCUACCGACAGCGAAAUGGAUAUAGCCGAUGCGCAAAACGAAAAUGGAGACGACGACGAUGAAUUCACCACUGACUCGGACGAAGACAGAGACAUCAGCGAUCUUGAAGGUGGCCUCCUCGACGCUCCUCUGAUCGCACACAUCGGUACUGCUCCUGAAGGUGAUCGGAACGCUGCUGUAACCGAUGCAGCUGCAGAUGGCACACUGCAACCCAAGCCUGAGAUGCCCUUGCUCGUCAUCGAAGACCUCGACGGCCGACUUAUCUAUGCCAGAGCUGGUGACGGAGAAGCUGUCUUCGGUUCUGAUGGCGAGUUCGAGUUUGUCGAUGACAGUGAUGAUGACAGCGCCGAUUGGGAGUUUGAUCAAGGCGGCAACAGGCUUUGGUCCGGAUCUGGCGGUCACAGUGGCCUGCUUGGAGCUCCCGAGGACGACGGCGACACCACGGAUGAGCUUGCAGACGAAGACAUGCCAUACCCCAGACUUCUCGUCGGCUCCGUGGCUCCUCGUGGCGGUCGCAACGCUAGACGCGCAAGGGCCAUGGCCACGAACUCGCGUCGUCUCUCACCAGCAGCUCCCAGCUCUUUGUCCUCCCCUUCGAUGCCACACACUGCACAAGCAGUGCCAGCAUCUGACUCUAGCGUCAACGGCAAGCUGUCCAGCAGUGGUUCCGGAGGCUCGCCCGUCUCUUCGGAUGAACAGGCCGCUGCCAACGAAGUCGGAAUCACCAUUUCGACCGAAGAGCUUGCCCGCGAUCCUGAAGGCACCUUGAAGGCCGCCGCUGCUGCUCUCGGUGUUACGAUGGAAGAGGCUGCUUCACUUAUCGCUGGUGUCCAGAUUCCUGCCAUAACUGGCGAGGGCAACAGCGCAAGUGGCAGCGCCAACACCAGCAUUAGCGGUCAUGCCAGUGGAACCAGCUCCACCAACAAUACCAUGGCUGCGCCCAAGGCGCCAGAGCAGCAGCGCGUCACCAACGUCGCCAAACCGCAAAUGGGCAGUUUCAUGCCCACAUCCGCCAAGUCAGUCCACCGUGCCGUUAUUGAUGGAUCUCGCAAAGCACCUUCGCCCUUCUCGGGCAAGAGAAGUCUGGAGAAGAAGGGGCUUGCCAAGAAGCGCAGUGCUGGUCGUCGUAGCUCGCUCAUGGAAGAGGGAUUCUCUGCCAAGCGUCUCCGUCGAUUCUCUUCGGCCAAUGACGCUGCUUCCGCUUUGGAUGAGUACAGCGAGAUGGCACCAUCGUCACCCGAACCCGUGGCUGAGGUCGACCCGAUGGAGCUUGAUGACGUUGUCGACUCAAGUAUGAUCUGGCGUGGCACUGGCUCCAAGUCACCUUCACCUGAACCCGAAGUUGGCGAGGGACAGGAUGGGGGACGACGCUCAUCUAUUCGCUCUGCCCGCAAGACAUCUUCGGCCCCCGGACUCAACCUCAACGCCUUUUCUCGAUGGAACAAGAUCCCAAUGGGCUCCUUCCGUGAUUCUCAAGCAGCGCCAGCACCAUCGCAGAAUGCCUUUCAACAACAGCAGCAUCAGCACCAACAGCCGCUUGGCACCUUCUUGCUCACUCGGUCCCAAGGACAGUCAGGGCAGAAACGCACCAGCUCGCCUUUUCGAUCUAGCUCGCACGCGGUGCGUCACCCAGAGAUGUUCUCAAUCAGCCCUCUGCGCCAGCGGCACGAAGACAAGAGCAACGAAGUUGGUGGUUCGAACGACAGCACGUUGGGACGACGACGUUCGUUCAUCAUCUCGCCUGUCCUCUUUCCUACACGAGGCGGCGAGAUUCCACCACCUUCCUCUAGCUCGUACGCUGCUGCCCAGAAGAUGCCCACGUACAGUCAGGUUGCUGGCAUGUGUCUCGGUGGCAGCAGCAGUGGCGCUGGCGACGCCGCAAGCGUAGCUUCUGGCAACAGCGCUGGCCCCGGCCGUAUCACUCGCCGAGAGAAGAGGGAGAGGCGCCUCAAGCGGGCCGCUAUGCUGGCUUCGCAAGCCGAGGAUGGUGCUGGGAACUCUCGACAGACAGCUGAAGAUGGAAGACGCUCGUCAACUUCUCCCAUGCCCACUACGCCUCUUUCGCAGCUUUCCGGUUUGCAAGAAGGCGCCGUCGGCUACGAAGAGGGCGACUCUCCCGCUACGGCCUUCCCUCGGAUGCGCAUCACUGACGCAACGCCCACACCACGAGGCUCGCCUGGUCCUCAUGGUUUCAAUGGCCCACCUGUAGUGGGCAAGGAUUUGCUUGAGCCUGUCUCGAGCUUCAAUCCUCAGAGCCACCUCACUCCAACCAAGAGCAACGGCACUGCUGGGCAAAUGGCUUCAAGCGAGACCUUAGCCAGCGAGUCGGUGCCCAGCAGGGUUACCAAGGAGCCCAAUGUCGAAGGUCAGGAUCAGGAUGGUUCGGGUACGGCCUCCAUGUCAGGUGCUCUACCCUCGUCAGCCUGCAAGACACCUCUUCACUCGCCGUUGUUCGGUGGCAUCUUGGGCGGCGCGCUCAACUACGAUUUGGAGGACAAAGAGGCCGAGCAUCUGCGUAUCUAA